UAACAAACCGCUAAUAGCAAGAAGAAGCAUAUCACUGAUAAACAAAAAAUUAAACAAAUUCUUAACCGACAAGUUCCCUCUCCGAUCUCAUCCAAAUUUAAUUAGAUUGCGCCUUGAAAAAAACAUGGAGCCGGUUCCAGAGGAAGCACAAGGAGUGGAUGAUAAGGAGGGGGAACUCGAUUGGCUGACAAGUAUGUUAGGGGCGUUGCUUUUGCCAGAUGACCCGGAGAGUCCUGAAAAGGCUGACCCAAAGGAACCAAUUUGGAGAGGAGAGCUGGAUUGGGAGGACCCACAGACAUCGGAUCAACCAAAGACUCCGCACACGCUUCAAUGCAACGUCUGCUCCAUCAUUAAAGACGGCCAGCUUGAGAUUAAAUUGGAGAACUGGCCAAAGAAGCUGAAAAUACAGUUGAUACCCAAAAAAGUGCUUGGUAAAAUUGGCGAACAAUUUCUAAAGGAUGCAAAGAUGGUAGUUUUCCGACCAAGCCCAGGAGAUGUACACAAUUCGUUGGUCACGGUUAUGAGCUCCGGUUUCGCUGGUUGCAUCCACUUCCCCUCCAAUCCCAACUGCAACAUCAAGGCUCUAAUUCUACUCUACUCACCCGAUCGCCAAGCUCUGCUAGGCUUCAUACCCAACAAUCAGGCUCCGUUUAGCGGACGGCUGCAGGAGGUUCUUCAGGGAGCAAAACGAAAGCCGGGCGCCAAAGCAUCCAUAAAGCCACAGCCAGAAGAAGCGCCUCCGCCGGAAGAAGAGCCCAUUAUAAAUGAACUCUUAUGGACUGGAACGCUAAAUUGGUCAACAAAAACUGAUUCAAAGGAGAGCAUUAGUCAUAAGCUGGAGUGUUCCGUGUACAUAGCUCUAAAAAACGGUGAACCCGGGAUCAGUUCAGAGGAUUGGCCAACUGAUAUGUCUAUGAUUUUGAUGCCUUCAAUUUACCUAGGUCAGUUCGCCGGAGAGUUUAUUAACGAAUCAAAAAUAAUAAUACUCCGAUCGACGACGCAGGGAGAAGAGCACGAAUCGCUAGCAUCGUCGAUGACCGCCGGCAGUUGUGGCUGUGCCCGGUUUUCCGACGAGGUUGUCUGCAAAGUUAUCAUGCUGCUGUACUCAUCCCCCAGGAACGCCUUCCUAGGCUUUAUUCCGAAUGAUCAGGCUAUGUUUGUCAAGCGAAUGCGGGAAGUGUUAGAAGAAUAUCGCCAAAAAGUGAAAAACAAAUAGUAAAAAAGUAUCUAAAAAAUAUGAUCUCAACGUAUAUUUAUAUUAUUUAUUUAAACUAUAGGUAUAUAAAAUUUAUAGUCAUAAAAAGUAUUGUUUUAUUAUAUAAUUUUAUUUAUUUACAUGUUUAAUUAUUAUAAAUAUAGACUAGGAAAUAUCAAAACAAGAUACGCUCGCAUGUCCCAAGUCGGGCAACAUUAAAAUUCCAAGGCUAAAAUAUGUAUGCUGAUAAAUAAUCAUAAAACCUCAAUUCCCUGAAUGCAUUUAAGCAAGUUUGUACUAAGAAUGUCUACACACAUCCAUACGUUGCCAUAUUAAAACUAAACUAAUCUUAUAAAUAUGCAUUUUUUAUAUGAAUUUUUUAUGUUUUUGUACAAUACUAGUUUAAGGACAACAGUGUUAACGCAUGUCAGUUGCUGCAGCAUUAAAUAAUAUUGCAAAAUCCCCACUGUACAAUAACUAAUCUAAUAACUGAAUGCUUCUAUAUAUGAAGUUUCAAAUAAAAAUAAUCUUCCGAAUGCAAAA